UGUCAGAUCUGAUCGGUAAGAAGCAGUUCUAAAGAGCGUACUGAUCACACAGCUCUUUGCUGUGAACUCAAUUUAAGCUAUUUUACAACGCAAAUGGCAUAUAAACAAAGUUUAAACUCAGGAAUUUUAGUCGGUCAACAAUUAGUCAAGUAAACCUCUGGGUAAAGUCCCUUCUAUGAAAGUCAGUAAUGCAUAACUUCAGAGGGGAGAUGGGAGGGUAGUUUCUGAUUACUCUCUUUGAACAGACUAAUUGUAAAGGGAUUAAAAAUAGAUGCUUUCACAUCCUAUAAAACAGCAGGCAGCAAAUCAAGACCAGCAUACAACAAGGGGUUUUUUUUUAAGCACUUGAAAAAAUCUACCCCUCCCACAAAAGACUCACGUAAUCACUCUUGAAAACAAUGUGCAAGAGUAAACUUUCGCAGUCAAGCCAUCCUGCUAAUGCCCUUAACUGCUCAGCGGAUCCAAGAAGCCACAGAUAUGUCUACUGAGCUUCCUGCAACAACAGUGGUUACAGACAUGGACACUUUCACAGCUUCUCAGGCAAAUACUUCCACCUGUGACUUAUAUGAGCACAAAGAGACAGCACAGAUCCUCCUGCCUGUCUUCUACAGCUCCAUCUUAAUUCUUGGGGUGCUUGGAAACACCAUUGCCCUCACCGUCAUUUUUAAAAACAGAAAGAAAAUCAACUCUACUACCCUCUAUUCAACAAACCUCGUCUUCUCCGACCUCCUGUUCUGCAUUGCCCUACCGACGAGGAUAACCUACUACGCCUUGGGAUUCCACUGGCCCUUCGGAGAAGCUUUAUGUCGAAUAACCGCGCUCUUGUUCUACAUCAACACCUACGCAGGUGUAAACUUCAUGACAUGCCUGAGCAUCGACAGGUUUUUCGCUGUUGUCCACCCCUUCCGAUACAAGAUCCGAAGGAUUAAGUACGCCAAAGGCAUUUGUGUCUUCAUCUGGUUUCUUGUAUUUAGUCAGACUUUCCCAUUGCUUAUACAACCCAUGUCACAGGAAGAAGGAGAAAGGACUACGUGUAUGGAAUAUCCAAACUUUGAAAAAAUACCACAUCUACCAUUUAUACUUCUUGCUGCCUGUUUAGUAGGGUACCUCAUUCCCCUGGGGAUUAUAUUAUUUUGUUACUCACAAAUUAGCUGCAAACUUUUUCAAACAGCUAAGGAAAAUCCACUGACUGAAAAAUCAGGGAUAAACAAAAAAGCCAUCAAUACAAUCAUAUUUGUAAUUAUAGUGUUCAUCAUCUGCUUUACCCCUUAUCAUGUUGCAAUCAUACAACACAUGAUUAGGAAGCUUCAGAAUGAACCCUCGUGCACUGAAACCAAAAUUUUCCAGAAGUCACUCCAUUUUACUGUAUUUCUGAUGAAUUUUAACUGCUGCCUAGAUCCCUUCAUCUAUUUCUUUGCAUGCAAAGGAUACAAGAGAACUGUAAUGAAAAUACUGAGACGACAAGUGAGCGUAUCAAUUUCAAGCGCUGUCAGGUCACAUCACGAAGAAAGCUCACGCGACGUGGGAGAAACGCAGAUGACGGUACUUGCAAAAUCUUCCAAUGGAAAGCUACCUGAAAAGUAAAGUCUGUGCUACGCCGCAGUGGAGCAAGCUUAACAAUCCAUGGUCCGCAGUAAAAACUCUGAGUGCUCCCUGUACAGCAGCUUAAGUAAGAUUCUGUUCCUCAGGACGUCAGGAAAUCAAAGACAGAUGUUGCAUUGAAACAGAACUGUCACAGGGCAGCAGGAAAAAUCAGCAUUAUAAUUUCCUAGCUGUAUCAUUUUGACUGAUCUCAUUAUUUUUUUCCAGGAAAGACGCACCACUGUGAAGGUUCAAAUUCCAUAUUGCACAUGCGUAUGCCUGGGUGUUAUUAACUCAAGCAAAGACUUGAUUCACAUUUUAACUGGGUGUCUGAGAAAGGAUUAAACAAAAAUAGCUUACAGUUCAGACUGACUAAAACCAGAACAUCUGAAAAUUGCAGGAACUCUCACUGAGCUCCAACAACAGCCAUGGCUUUGUUAGCCAAGUCAUACAAGCAAAGGAAUCAAACUUUGAGAGAAAACGGACAAUUUCCGUGCACAUUUGACUAUCACAAGUGCUUAUAGACCUUUGUAGGUGAAACUGCAUUUUGUAGUAUUUGGAGCACGAAUGUCUUAUUGUGCAAGUUACAUAAGUAACAUUGCCAAAUGUAACAGGCGAAAAGUUAAUGAACUGUUUGAUUCUCCCCAACACUGAAUAUCUCCCACAUGCUAUAUCACUCAUCUUUGCAAGGUGUAUUAUCUCUUUACUCGUUUUCCGAAAGGAGAACUUUUCUUUCUAGUGUGUAUUGUAAAAAGUCUCUAAUCUAGUUGUAUAUAAAUUAUUUAUAAACACAAAAAAUAAGUUGGAGACUGUAAUAUGAAAACUGUACCAUUUCAGUUAAAAAGCAGUGAUACAGGUUCUCAGAAGUCAGACGUGAACACAAGACAAACGUUUUAGAAACAGGAAUAAGUGUUCACAGCUGACGUCACCAAAAAAGUAAUUAAAUGGGUUAAUUCCGCUGGUGUGAGAUGGCCACCUCUUGUUAACUGUUUACCCAAGAGACUAAUAAAUGAGAACAGUGGGAUCAGCUGGGAAAGAACAAGCUUUCCCAUCACGCCUUCAUGCAACGUAUCUGGGAUCCCUUUGGGCACACCAAAACUGGGCCAGCAAAGACGCCAGAUGACUUAAACACAUCCUGCUGGAAUCAGCUCAAUCCCGGUUGAGUUUCCAGGAUGCAAGCCCUGGGUUCCUGCUGUCGUGCCCUUCCGUCGUGUGUCUGUUUCCUUCCCCACUUUAUUCCCAGCCCCGCUGUCUUUUGUCUUCUAUCUUGUUAAUACGCCUUCACCUGCCAACACAACUUGGUAAUUGCGCCAUGAGGCUGUGAUGGAAAAGGAAGAUUAAAGAGUGCCUGAUAAUUACUGGUAAAAGCUAUGCCAGAUGUCAGAAUAAACGUUAUUCAUUGCAGCUGUAUAUCUCUGGCACUGAGGUUGUACUGAAGUCAAACAAACGUAGUUACAUUUGUCAUCUUUGCAAUGCCUUCCUUCCUCACGUGUUGACCUCCGCCUACCUACAAACAUAGAAGGGUCAUAUCUGAACAGCAGUACGGAAACAUUAAAUUCACGAUUACUUUCUUGUGGGAAAGAAAAUGCAAAAUACCCUGUUUUUCAUACCACUUAAGAUUGUCAGAAUGGAGUUUCUAAUACAAAAGACACUAUGCAGCUACAGGAAAACAGAGUAAGAAAACUAAUUUUUAACAAAAGUUCUACUUAAAUCUCUAUGCUAUAGCAGUUCCGUUCUUGUUGGCUUUUUAAUAAACUAUUUUAAAAUAUUAUUUAAGAAUUUGCCCUAUUGGAGUAAACAAGUAACUUGAUAAAACCACGGACAGAUCACUCGUGAAUACCUAGAAACUGUAGAAAUAAAAUGUAUGUAUUAUUAAUAUCACACCAGUACAAGCUCAUUUUAUUCUACUAUUGUAUUUUUCUUUUAUUUUGAUAUGUGUUUCAUCUAACUUCAAUUAUAAAACCUUAAAGGCAAAAAUUCUUUUUGAUAUUUGUCUGUAAAAUAUAACUCAAGUAUAUAUUACAGCACCACAUAAUGCAGACAUCUACUGUCUUUUAAGUGGAAACAAACUGAGGAUCUGUAUUAGAAAAAUCUUCCUCUAUCCCUGUUUUCUCACAUUAACAUUUCUGUCAUUUUAAAAUUUAGACUUUGUUUUUAAAUCACAUCAACAUUCUCAAACAACUAACUUCACAUCAAAAUACUGCAUUUGCUCUAAUGAGCCUGUUGGUCCAGUUAGAUACGGGUUUGAGAAAAGCUAUUUUUUUUACUCCUUAUUGUGAUGUUUCUCAAAUGUUGAAGAAACCAAUAAAUUAAAAACCUUUAAAAGCUAA